CUUUGACCACAGCAGCAGACGACCGUAGAGUUUAGUAGUUCGUGUCAUGCGUUUGUAUGGUAUUGUGUUGCGUUUUCUGUGUAAUAUGUAAGUGAUUUGAUGGUGGAGACAGGAAAUCACGGAAAGACACAUAUUGAGUGUGUGGCUUAGGAAGGCAAUCAUGGACUGCAAGGGAACUAGUUGGGUGAAAAAAGAGAAGAGUGAAAUAUAUGCUGAACCAGAAUCCUUGUUUCUUGAAGGUGCGCUAAAGAUUUUAAUGCCUAGUCUCCAUAUAAAGCAAGACCUAGAACUGAAACAGGAGGAUGGCAUUGAGCGUGAUUGUCUUGAAGAUAACUUGGGAAUCUCUCAUACAAAUGAUUUUAUCAAGGAGGAUCCUGAACUAAAUUUGGAGGUGGCAGCCUCAAUAAGAAAAGCAUCUGAUAGUUUAAGUUUUAUUCAAAGUGCUGGUGACAGCUGUGACAUUUCAUAUCAAGAAACAUCACAUCAAGGAGUAGUCAAUGACAAGCUGGAGAUAUAUGCAGAGAAGUCAACAGAUUUCAGUGUGUCUCACAACUAUACCAAAAUACAGACUUCUCAAGAAGACGGCUUAUGUGGCACAAGAUUAAGUUGUAGCAUCAGGGAAAAGGAAUUCCAUAAGUUUAACUGUAGUUUCUGCCUACAGAGCUUCCCUUCAAAAUACAGACUCAUAAUGCAUGUCUUCAUCCACAUUGACGGUGUGCAGGCACCUUCAUAUGUGUGUAAGUCAUGUGGUGAGGUAUUUCCCACUGAUGACUGCUUUAAAGAACAUUUGAGAAUGAGGGAGGGUGACCAAGCGUUAUCUGCUACCAACAGCGAGAAACUUGAAUGCAGUGAUGAUCAUGAAAACAAUAUCUCCUUUGAGUGUGUACAAGACGGAAUCGUGGAACAGACUGAGGAGCCCCCUUCAUACAAGGUACCCAGGAAAACUUUUAAAAAAUCGUUUAAUGACAUAUGUAAUACACAUACUGUGAAAGAAACUGAAGAGAAACUCGAAAGAUGUAAUGACUGUGGAAUUUUAUCUACAAGUGACCAUGUUCAUGUCCACACUGUGCUAAGUGCAACGAGACAUCACAAAUGUGAUGUUUGUGGUAAAACGUUUCCUUUGUUAUGCUAUCUUCAGAGACAGAGAUUAAUACACACUGGAGAGAGACCCCACGGAUGCGAUGUAUGUGGAAAAUCGUUUACUGAAAGGGGCAAUCUCAAGCAACUUGAAUUAAUACACACUGGACAGAGACCACACAAAUGCGAUAUCUGUGGAAAAUCAUUUACUCAGUCGGCCCAUCUGAAAACCCACAGUUUAAUACACACAGGAAAGAGACCACACACAUGCGAUGUCUGUGGAAAACCAUUUACUCAGUCGGGCCAUCUCAAGACCCACAUUUUAAUACACACAGGAAAGAGACCACACAAAUGCGAUGUGUGUGCAAAAUCGUUUACUGAAAGGGGCAAUCUGAAGAAACAUGAAUUAAUGCACAGUGGACAGAGACCACACAAAUGCGAUGUCUGUGGAAAAUCAUUUACUCAGCUGGGCAAUCUCAAGACCCACAUUUUAAUACACACAGGAAACAGACCACACAAAUGCGGUGUGUGUGGAAAAUCAUUUACUGAAAGGGGCAGUCUCAAGAAACAUGAAUUAAUACACACAGGAGAGAAACAAUUUACCACAAGUAUCACAUUUGUGGGGUCUAAUGUAUUGAGUAAUCUCAAGGCCCACAAGUUAUUACACAGUGGAAAGAGACCCUACACAUGUAGUAUUUGUGGAAAAUCUUUUACUCAUUGGGGCAGUCACAGGAAACACAAAUUAAUACACACUACAUAGAGACCACUCAAAGUAUUGUUGAGGUCUGUAGACCUACACAUGUUCAUAGAAGACCACUCAUGUUUUAUGAAAAUUGUUCGCAUGUGCUACAGAGAGGUCACAAAAAAUACGACAAAUCCAUUUCCGCAGCUUCACAUUUGAAGAAGUUAGAUACUAAAUACAACAUAUGAAGCGCACAAUUGUGAUUUUUUGUUGCAAAUGCUCCAUGCUUUAAUGAUCGGGCUACCCGAAAUUUGUGCAUUGAGAUAUAUCUUUUACUCGUUUGAGUAGUAGUACUGUGCAUUUAUCAGGACCCCAUAUUCUUCAAGAGAAUGUACCAGUAUGCUGCUAAUUAUUUGAAAGAAACUGCAAUUUAAAUCUUCAUGAAGCUGUAUCCACUACCAAGGCGACAGCAGAAAUCUGUUUAUUACACAUUCAUAAUGUAGGAAAUUUAUCUCAAGAAUGGACAAAGAUUCAAAAAUCUCUUGAUUAUGCAAACAUAUUAUUGAGGUUUACCUCCUUAAUAGUAAUGCUAUUUGUGUGAUCAAUAAUCUACAUCCAUUGGGAAAUAACUGAUGGUGGCAAGUAUGCUGAGAUAAGAGAAAAAUUAUAAUCAUCUACCUAGUAGCGUUUUGAUUCACCUACAGACCGCAAUACAACAGUGCAUCUCUAUGGU